CUAUUUACUUUCCCCCUUCGCUCUUUAGUGCUUCAGAGUUUAACAAAGAAGAAUCAUGGUGUGGGGACUCUUCCCCGUUGAUCCUCUUUCAGGUGAAGAUAAGUACUAUAUUUUCAAAACUGGAAUUUACAAAGUUGGUCGAAAAGGUUGUGAUGUGAUAAUCACUAAAGAUAAAGGUGUUUCUCGGGUUCAUGCAGAAAUAGUUGUUAAUACGAUGAACCUGGUAAAUUCUUUACCAAAUGAAUGUUCUCAUUUGUCACCCAGUAUACAUAUUAGAGAUUGCUCCAAGUAUGGGACAUUUAUUAGCAAAAAUGUUGGGCCCAAGAAAAAAGUUCAUGAGCUACCAAACAAACAAACACCACUAGAGGAUGGUGACUUUGUCUCUUUUGGCACCGGUAGUGCUACCUAUAAGUUUUGCCAUGUACCCCUCGUUUUUUUCAUCUGUUCCUCAAAUGAAGUGGAUCAAUCCUUUCAAGAGAAAAUUUCAUCAAUUGGUGCUAGUUUUACUCAUACCUUAGGUGAAGGGUGCACACAUGUACUGGUAGAUCAACUCAUGCCGUUGAAGAAGGAUCUUGUUGAUGCUGUUGUGGCAAAAAAAUCUUGUGUUCUUAAAAAUUGGCUUGAGUUUUUUGCGGAAAAGAAUAUCAGCAUUGAAAUUCCUAGCUGUCAUUCUAGAUAUAUUCCAACAGUGUCAGUGGACGGAGAAUCUAUAAAAAUUGUCGACCCCAGAUCGCGUGAAGAUUGUUUGAAAGGAUACACUUUUUUGUUGGAAUCUGAGCAUUUGUAUAAAUUUCAGGAUCAGCUAAAAUCUUUAUUGGAAGUGGCUGGUGCAAAAGUUGUUUCCUCCGGAGAGUUUUGUUCAAAUAGUCAAGAUUCAAAUUAUGGAGAGGAUAAUCAUGUGGUUUGUGUCAUCCCAGAAAGACCAGCAUGCAAGUCUAAUCUCUCUGAUAAACUGAAUUCCUUGCUUAGAGUUAGUGAGAUAGAUAUAAUUUGUGCUGCUCUGAGUGGACAGCUAGAUCUCUCUAUUUUGAGAUCACCAUGCAUACUUGUUUCGUCAUCAUGCUCUACAGAUGAGACAAUUGUUGCAGAUUCAGAUACAGAAGUUGAAACAGCCACGUCAGCCCGUUCCACUGAAGCAUUAAGCAACGACAAUAAUGUAAAAUAUGAAAAAACAGAAGAAAUAUAUGACGAUUCUUACACUUUGGAUAAGAGAAAACAUGAGAGUAUAGAGGCAUCCUCAGAUGAUGUUUUAACCAGAUUGCAUGACAUUAAACGUACAAAAACAGAAAAAUCCUUGGAUGGUGCUUCUGUCAGAUCACAUGCUACCAACUUCGGGAACGAUAACGAUGGUGUCAAAGUAAAGAAAGACAACGUUGAUGAUAAUGAAACUGGAAAUUCAGAUGUUGUUUACAGCCAAAAUUUAAUUGUUCGAGAUACAAACAUACGGAGUAGCAUAAGCACUUCACCAAGCAGCAGUUUUCCAAAUUUUAAAUGUUUCAGAAAGGCACACACUCAGUCAGGUAAUAGCUUUGACAAUCUUGUUCCAUUUGCAAAAUAUCCAUACAAGGAUUCUGACUGUGGGGAUGAUGAAAUGUCUGAGUUAGUGAAGGAGGAGAAAAGGCGUAAGAAAAUGGAAGCUGUCGCAGAUGAACUAUUUAAUAAUGAGAAGGCGAGGAAACGAGGCGCAGCUGGUUCACGAGGCACUGUUGGUUCUCUUCGUAGCAUUCUUUCUUCAUGAAGUGGGCAUGGUGGAAUGCUACUGCAGAGAUUUCUCCAAAGUCGUGGCUUCAAAGAUACUGCGCACUUGAUGCCAUUUUCAAUUGAAGGUUGAGUUUUUCACUCGUCUGGGUUUUGAUCGAGAAUGGAGUGAGGUUAUUGUUGGUCGUAUAUGGUGACACUCUUCCUCGUAUCUUUGAGAGGGCUCUUGAAGGAUCUGUCUAGUGUUGCUUGUUAGCAUAUGAAGUACAGCAAGAGUUGAUAUCUUAGAGGAGUGAGAUGAUCAUAUUAUCUUGGAUAGUGAAACAAUAUAAUGUGGUGUGUUGAUAUAAAACACAUUUUACGAAUUAAACUUUGUAUGGUAAUCCUAAACACUGUAAAUCAUAUUUAUUCUCUUGCUUUGUGA